CAUCAGCAGUGUUCGUAGAGUGACGUACAGACCACGACUGAAAUAGGCGCGAAAUCUCCUUGUCCACUUAUUGAUUUCGUGAUUUCACACACCGGUACGAAUACUCGUACCUACCGUGAUUCUCAACGAGUUCCUCCUUCACCAUGACACGAGACGAACAGAAUGUAGACAAGAUAAUUCUUGUUUCAGAUACACCACCUCCACUCCUUCGACAACAAGCCUUCCGCAACGGUCUAGCAUGACAACGACGACGACAACAACCCCGGCCGAAACAAACGCCGAACCCAACAAACCAAAGGCCAUCGAGAACCCCCUCGCMAACCUGCCCAACACCGUCCGGUGGACCAAGGAAAUCGAGCUCGGCUACACGGGGACGCCCCCGCGGUCCACGGUGUGCUUCGGCUGCGGCAAGCCCGCGGAAAAGCUCUCGCGGUGCGCGAGGUGCGGCGUGGCCGCCUACUGCAGCAGGGAGUGCCAGGCAGGGGACUGGAAGGCCGGCCGCCACAAGAUGGCGUGCCCGUCCUACGCCCGGGUGGCGAAGACCCCCCUCGAUGGGGACACGAAGAAGGCCAUCCGGAACGAGCUCUUUGCCAGGAUACGAUUCUACGUCUGCCCGUACGCCGUCCACCGGACCGCCGAGCUCGGGAGCGGCUUUCUCUUCCUCCAGAGCGACCGGACGCUCCGGGACCUGUCGCCCUACAUCCCCAAGGACUGCACCGGCCGGGCGAUCGUCCGGUCCGUCUUGCUGCACUUUCUGACCCUGGGCGAGUUCGACUCGGAGGUCUGCAAGGACGACUUCGAGCUGGCCAUGAUGCGGACGCCGCUGAAGGAGGCCGUGGAAUCGUACGAUCCGGAAAAAGAAGUGGUCCUCCUGUGCCGGUUUCGCUGCGGGAACAUGGCCCUCGGGAGGGCGGUCCUCGUGCCGGACUACCCGAUCUGCAAGCAGCUCGCCAAGGACUACUACACGGGAAACACGGCGGGUGCGCUCCAGCUCAACCUGGACGACAUGGGAUGAGCGGAUGGAUUCGGCCAAGGGUUUGACGGGGGUACCGUGGCGUGGCGUUUCGUGGCGUGUGUCCGCGCGUUGCUAAAUGUAAAAAUAUCAUUCGUUCRGCAAUUCUCGAAAGAUUCAUCGAAGGUACCUGUGGUAAAUCUGUACCAUGCGGUAGCAAAGAGGAAAUAAUCUAUAAUCGGGCAACACUGCCGUACAUCACCAGUUUCAUUCAAUAUUUUUGUAGCGCAUUUGCCAAUCAUUACCAGUCGAAUGCCAUGCACACAACGCGGAUGACUGGUCCUUGCUAAAAAUACUUAGUACGGAGAAUCAGGAGUUCGACCAAGCGUAUCAAAGAAAAAUUGAACGAUUCUCGUGUUUACCCAUUCAUUGCCGUAAAAUGUUGCGUUAUCUAUUCAACAUGCGAACAUAUUCAAAACGUAUUCGAUAAUCAAUCAGUAUGAACAUAAAAAGUAUAUUGAUUCUUAAUUACCCCAUCAUGGCUCGGAAGACAUUUAGUGCAUUCUAGCACUACCAUCUAUGGCCCAUCGUGUUGCUACCAGCGCUGAUAGAUAGUGCCAACAAGAAUGAAUCCAAGCAUACGCAGGCGAUGACAUCACAAGGCUCAUGAGUGCUAAAGCACCUAUUAUUGAGGUUGUUUUGGAUGGAGCACCACAUGUAUCAGCGAAAUAAAAAGUAGCAGAGCCGGCCACCGCAUGAUCCAAAUAGCACAUGCUUUCUGCGAGAGCAUAUGAUCCCAAUGCCUGAACAGAGUGGAAAAUUGUACUAACCAUACCAGCCAUCAAAAUCCAAAUUCCCAACAUUGAGAAUCGACUGAGCCGAAACUCCAAGCCACCACUCUUCGAUCGUCCAAAGAAGUGGAACUUGUGAAGGACGUAGGCGCCACUUGCCGCAUACGCGAUAUUGGAUCCCAAGAAGUGAGCAAUGAUCAAAUUCGCGUUCUUCGCAGCAGCAACAUAAUCCAUGUUCACAACACCCCACCAAUGAGGCAUCGAAGCAUAUGAUCCYCUGAAUAGAACGCAAUAAGGUGGAAUUAAGGCCAUAAUCAUUGGAAAUGACCACCAGUGCUUUCGAAGAGAUUUCAUUGUUGCUGAAACUAAUGACUCAGUGAGAGUGCCGACGUUAUUUAGAAAUGUAUUAAGGAAAGCCGGCGAAGUUCCUCGUCCCCCAUUUCCUGUCUCGCUUCUUCUCCUCACUGGAUUCAUCACUGCCAGCGAUGAGGAUGUAGAUGUCGUCGGUUGUGGAAAUUUCAUGAAAUCGCUUCCGGUAUGUUUCGUACACGUCGAAGUUAUAGGUGAAGACUGUCGUAUUCUAAACGAACCGUAUGCAUUGUUGUAGCAAAUUGCACUUUUCGCAAAGAGUUCACCCGAUAGCGACCUAGGGAGAGCGUAUACAUUGGGAUUAAAAUAUGACUCUGCAC